CCCGGCUCGCUGGCUGCAGUCAGUCGGGCCGCGCCGCGCCUCGGCUCUGGUCGCCGCGGCGAGGAGAAUGCGCGCACUGGGCCUCCCGGCGCCGCGAGGGACGCAGGAUGCCGCUGAGCGGGAGCACGGCCUUCGCCUAUGAGUCCUCGGUGCACAGCACCAACGUGCUGCUCAGCCUGGACGACCAGCGGAAGAAAGGUGUGCUGUGUGAUGCCACCGUGCUGGUGCAGGGCCGGCCCUUCCGCGCCCACCGCUCCGUGCUGGCCGCCUGCAGCAGCUAUUUCCACGCCAGGGUCGUGGGCCAGGCCGACUCCGUGGAGCUCAGCAUCUCCCUUCCGGAAGAGGUGACGGUUAAAGGGUUCGAGCCGCUACUCCAGUUUGCCUACACGGCUCGGCUGCUGCUCAGCAAGGACAACGUGGACGAGGUGUGCAGGUGCGUGGACCUUCUAGGUGUGCACGACAUCGAGGAGUCCUGCUUCCAGUUCCUCAAAUUUAAGUCUCCGGACCCCUCUGCGGAGCAGCAGGAAUGCCCAAGGGAAAAGUGCUUCCCGCCGCACUGUCAGAACGCAGAGCUCAAACUUUCACUCCUGGACCGGAGGGACGCAGACAUUGAUGAGGUGGAGGAGCUUUGGAGACACGGAAACGCUCCGACCCCCCAGUGCAAGCUGCGGGAAUGUCCAGGAGACACAAAGACGCCGCCGCCCCUGCAGGACGGUGCCGGCCAGACGUGGGAGGCCAUGUGCCUAGGGAAGGACGCCGCUCUGGCUCUGCCGUCCUUGUGCCCCAAGUACAGAAAGUUCCAGAAGGCGUUUGGGACGGACAGAGUCCGCCCUGUGGAGCCCGGGUUCGGAGACGGGCACGCGUCCCUGCAGGCAGGCGAGACGCCUGCGGGUGAGUGUGCGGGGGGCGCUCGGGGCUGUGCGGACCCGCCGGCGGCUCUGAAAUGUGAAGAAGGCGGGACAGCCAUGGAGCGUGCCGACGCGGAGGGAGACCCUGCCCCUCCGGGCCCCCCGGGAGCGGCCGACGCGGCCCCCCUCCCCCACAGCUCCUGCGCGGACGCUGCUCCGGGGCUCUACUCGCUGUCCCUCCUGCACACCUACGGCCCGUACGGCGACCUGGGCUUCGCCGGCGUGCAGAGCCCGGCGGCAGCGCUGGCAGAGAAGGCUGUGUCCGGCCCAGACGCCGGGGGAGAGAGGGCCUGCGCGGAGAGCCAGGACGCGCACCUGGAAUCGGACGCCGGCCCCGGCCCCGGGGAGGAGAGCGGCCCCGCCCGCAGCAGCGUGGAGCGGGAAGUGGCCGAGCACCUGGCCAAGGGCUUCUGGAGCGACGUCUGCGGCCUGGCCUCUCCCCGCCCCGCGCAGGCGCACCCUGGCGCGGCGGCCAGGGCCGGCGCGGAGCAGGCCCACGGCCACACCCAGAGGCGGUCGGAGUGCCCCUGGCUGGGGAUCCGCAUCAGCGAGAGCCCGGAGGAGCCGGGCCCGAGGACGUUCGCCACGCUGAGCUCCGUCAGCUGCCCCUUCAUGAGCACGCUGGGCGCCGAGGGCCGGGCCGGCAGCGCGGACCUCGGCGGCGACGGCUACGCCUCCGAGCCCCAGCAGGAGCCCUGCCCCUACGCGUGUGUGAUCACCCUGGGCGACGACUCGGAGACGGACACCGAGGGGGACAGUGAGCCCUGCUCCGCCCGCGAGCAGGAGUGCGAGGUGAAGCUGCCCUUCAACGCUCAGCGGAUCAUCUCGCUGUCCCGCAACGACUUCCAGGCCUUGCUGCGGAUGCACAAGCUGACGCCCGAGCAGCUGGACUGCAUCCACGACAUCCGCAGGCGGAGCAAGAACAGGAUCGCCGCCCAGCGCUGCCGCAAGAGGAAGCUCGACUGCAUCCAGAACCUGGAGUCGGAGAUCGAGAAGCUGCAAAGCGAGAAGGAGAGCCUGCUGAGGGAGCGGGACCGCAUCCUGUCGACGCUGGGCGAGACGAAGCAGAACCUGACGGGCCUCUGCCAGCAAGUCUGCAAGGAGGCGGCGCUGAGCCAGGAGCAGAUCCAGAUCCUCGCCAAGUACUCGGCCUCGGAUUGCCCCCUGUCCUUCCUGGUUUCUGAGAAAGGCAAGAGUGCGAAUGCGUCUGAUGGCGCUGCCGCGUUUCCGCCAAGUCUGAGUGUCCUCGGGGGUCCUGCCGCCGGGCCGCCCGCGGGGGAGGGAGGCCCCUGCGGCCCCUGCGGCCCCAGCGGGAAGGGCAGUGCGUCAGGCUGCACGCUGGGCCAGGAGCCCGCGGGGCUCACGGAGCCGUGCCGGCCGGGGGCAGGCCUGGCGGACGUGUGUCAGCAGAUGACGGACAAGUGCUCCACCGACGAGUGAGCGCGCCCACUGCCUUCCAGCCGUCGAGUCUCCUGCUGAAGCUUCGGCCUUGGCCUUGAAACCUGGCGCAGGCACUUGUCUCUGAGCAGCGCCGCUCCCUCCCCGGGUCGUUCGCGGGCCAGGGAGCUCCCGAGCAGUCGGCCCCGGCGUGUUCUCGGUGCCACAGG